UGCCGCGUUCGCGUCGCUGAGCCCCGGGCUGCGGAACCGCCGCGCACGGUAAGGGAACGGGGGGCUGCGGGGGGAGCCGUGCUGAAAGGGGGGGGGUGCGGAGCGAUCGGAACCCCUCGGGGGUACUGGGAGACAGGCAGGGCGGCUGCGGGGGGGCUCAGCCAGGGGGAUGCGGGACGAGGGGGAGCUCUGAUGGGAGGGAGAGCUUUGGGGGGAAGGCUCCGGACUCCCGUGGCACCCGCCGCGCCCCGGCCCCGCCGCCGACCCCCUGGGGCAGCCGGGCUGCGGGGAGCGGUGCGGUGCGGUGGUGGCUCCCCGAGGUGUCGGGGUCCGGCAGGGACACGGCCCGGGGCUGAGCCAGGACCAACCGCGGGGAGCAGAGCGCCGGAGCCGGCACAGCCAUGAGGGACGCCCCGGGUCCCGGGUGCCUCGUGCACCUCGCGUGGAUGUGCCUCUUCUCCGCCGUGCCGCACGGCGGGGCCAAGGUGCUGGAGAGGACCUUCGAGGAGUGGAUGCGGUACCGGGAUGAGUGCCUGCGGAGGAUGGCGAGCGAGCCCUACCCCGCAGGGCUCUUCUGCAACCGCACGUUUGACAUGUACGCCUGCUGGCCCGAUGGCAGCCCCGGCACCGCCGUCAACGUCUCCUGCCCCUUCUACCUGCCCUGGUUUGAGAAAGUGAAGCACGGGUUGGUGAGCCGGCGCUGCGGUGCUGACGGGCAGUGGGUGACGGUGAACGGCAGCCAGCCAUGGAGGGACUACUCACAGUGUGAGGAGGAGCUGGAGGAUGGCGCCGAGGAGGAAGGCGCCCGCAGGCUGAUGGUGAGCUUCAAAGUGCUGUACACCGUGGGCUACGCGCUGUCACUCCUCACCCUCAUCUCCGCUCUGCUCGUCCUCACCGUCUUCAGGAAGCUGCACUGCACCAGGAAUUACAUCCACGCCAACCUGUUCGCCUCCUUCGGGCUGCGGGCCACCUCGGUGAUGGUGAAGGAUGCGCUGCUGGAGAGGCGCUGGGGCGCAGAGGUGCUGCAGGUGGCCGACUGGCAGGCGCUGCUCAGCCACGAGGCAGCGCUGGGCUGUCGUGCAGCGCAGGUGCUGAUGCAGUAUUGCAUCCUGGCCAACCACUACUGGUUCCUGGUGGAGGCCGUCUACCUCUACAAGCUGCUGAUCGGUGCAGUCUUCUCUGAGAAGAAUUACUACCGGCUGUACCUGUACCUGGGCUGGGGGACCCCCGUGGUGUUUGUGGUGCCCUGGAUGGCCGCCAAGUACCUGAAAGAGAAUGCAGAGUGCUGGGCACUGAAUGAGAACAUGGCAUACUGGUGGAUCAUCCGCAUCCCCAUCCUGCUCGCCUCCAUGAUCAACCUGCUGAUCUUUAUGCGGAUCCUCAAAGUGAUCCUGGCCAAGCUGCGUGCCAACCAGAAGGGCUACGCCGACUACAAGCUGCGGCUGGCCAAAGCCACGCUGACGCUCAUCCCCCUCUUUGGGAUCCACGAAGUCAUCUUCAUCUUUGCCACCGAUGAGCAAACCACGGGCAUCCUGCGCUACAUCAAGGUCUUUUUCACCCUCUUCCUCAACUCCUUCCAGGGGUUCCUGGUGGCCGUGCUGUACUGCUUUGCCAACAAAGAGGUACGUGGCUCUGGUUUUGGGCUGGGGCUGUGGAACAGAGUAGCUUUAACUUUGACUCAUGGGGGUGGGUGCUCUGCUCGUGCUGGGAGGGCAUUGCCAGGGAAAAGCUGUCGAUAUCUCACCCCAGGUGAAGUCAGAGAUGAAGAAGAAGUGGCAGCUGUGGAAGCUCGACCACCCCGCGCUCUGCUGCACGCAGUGAUAGCAGCACUGCAGGGCUCUGCUCCGGCUGCUGGAGGGUCUGAUCCCAGUGCCCACAGUGGGGGAGCAGCCACCAGCAGCCCCACGUGUGUGUGCAGAGCUGCAAGGAGCAGAGCUGCUGCCACCAGACCCAGCCGUGCACCAGCACCCUACCUGUGCUGGACCCGUGCAGCAGGACAGGAGCACAGCCGUCACAUCCUGAGCUGUGCCAGCACCAUGCUGGGCAUUGCACUCCUGCUCUCCUCCCCUAAAGCCAGGGCCACCCUGCCACCUCUCUGCAUCGAGGUGCUGCAGCAGCUGCUCACCACCACCUUCAAUCCAGAGCGUUGCACAGAGCAACCCCCACCACCCUCUUUGUGUCCCUCUGGCUGCCAGCUCUCCUCCCCAGCACAGCACUGCAGCACCUCCUGCAGCAGCCCGAGCCCUAAUGCUGCUCAGCAUCCCAGCUGCAUUGGCUGCAGCAGGAGCUCUCCUCCCAGCUCCGGUGCCCCCAUAAAAGCUGAAUGCAGCAGCAGAUGCCACCACCAGCCCCCCACUCUUCCCUUCAUUAGCAGAACAGACGUGCCACCGGGGCUGCAGCUCCCAUCACACAGUGCUUUGCUGCUCCAGCAGCAGGGAGGAGGCAGCUCUUACUCCCAGCUCCAUGCAGGUGAAUACAGGUGGUUCUCCAUCACUGGGAGCGUGGCCCAGCCCUUGGGAAAUGUAGAGGUUGGAGGAGGCUGCACCAGGCUCUGUGGCUGAACUGGAGGUUUGCUGGAGAGAUGUAAACCCUGUGAAACCAUUUUGCACACUGACUCUUUUCAGAUGUAAAUAAAGGUUUAUUUUUCAGCAAGCAGAGCAUGCCACUUGUAUGCUCUGAGGGAGGGAAAUGGCUCUUAGGCACUGGGAUAAGUGCAAGUGUACACAUGCAGCUGAGUUUAUGUACACACACUGCUGGCUCCAGGGCAAUAAACAGGCAUGACGAGCACAGGGCUCUCAGGACCCGUGCUCAAGACAGCACUGGGUUACAUUGCAGGUGACUCAAGGAGGGAAGCAGCAAAAUAAAUCAACAUAAUGAUAGAUAACCCAAAGAGCCACCUACAGCUCACAACAGCCCUGCUUGGCACAGAGCAAGGAGCUUUCCCUGGACAGGAGCUGGAUUGCUGUCUGGCUCCUUCUCUGCCCUUUGCCACUCUCACAGCAGCGUGCAGCUGGAUGCUGCUAUGGGAGCUGAUGCCAAGCUGCCUUGGGAAGAGAAAAGCAGGCUGUUCCAGGAUGCAGGAACACAGGAAUCCAAGAGCGUGCCCAUAUUGCUCCACUGCGCCCAGUCCAGAGCCCCAGAACACUUCGUGUUGAAACACAAAGCUUUAGUUGCAAUCAGAGGUCUGACUGAUGUUGCUCUAAUUAAAACUUUCCAUAACAACUGCUAACUCGUUUUCCCACUCCUAUUUGUAGCACAGGAUCAGAGCUUGGCUGAGGUUUUGUGAGCUGUAUUGGUGUGACUGUGCUCCCUAGAGUCCCAGGCAGGAGCCAGGCACAGGACAGUACCUCACCUUGAGCAGAAAAUCCCAGCAAGGCUCAACAUUUUUGAGCAGAGACAACUCUCCUUGUCACACAGCCAGGACACUGUGAGUUUAAGAGUGCCAUGCUUCAUUACCUGUGUGCACUUGCUCCAUAACCACCAGCCCAUGGCUGCCCUCAGCCCAUCUCCCCUGCUGGUGCUGCAAGGGCAUCACCUCCAAGAUGAACCAGACAGGGACUGGAAACCAGGGAUAAAGCUGCCCCAGAAGCAGGCAGCAUGCAGCCCCCUGGGGAAG